AUGGGUGGACUCACCCAUCGGACUGACCAUCAUCAGUCUGUCAUUGCCGCUGCUCAGUCUCCUCAUCCGAAUGACCUGGCUAGCAGUGACCGAGGCCAUCCAAUGGCUGUGCCUUCCAAGGUAACCCCACCUGUGACAUCUAAUGGAAGUCGGAAGAGAAACAGAUACCCUGCCAAUGCGGACAGUCUCGUAUGUCAAUGGCUAGGGUGCACGUACAAACGCUCGUUCAACCGCAAGCAGGAUCUCCUGCGCCAUUUGAAAACUCAGCACAUAUUCCGAGAUAUAUACAUCUGUCCUGUCGAGGGAUGCUACAAGAGGCAUAAACGACCCGAUAUCCUCAAGGACCAUAUCAACACCACAGACACAUUAGAUCCUCGCUCUCUUCUUCCUGAUGGUCAGUUUGUCGACAAUGCCCCAAACGGCAGCAAUGGCGCCCCGUGCAAUGACUCUAGUGCCCUGUUUUCUAGUCCCCUGCUCUAUGAAGAUCCUUCUCUGCCAUUCGAAAUUGGCAUGCAUCCCCUGGCCCAAUCCCAGAGGCAACCAACAUAUCGGAUACCGUCAUUCCCAGUGAUCAGCAGCAUUGGCCUCCAGACCGUAUCCGAGUGCUCCGGCUUUCUCAGGGAAAACGUGCAGUCGGGGUUCGACGCCUGGGGCCGUUAG